AUGGCUACUACCGUGUCAGUCCAGAGACGACAUUCGACUGCUAACGAAUGGAUUCUGAAAAUCAGCGAGAAGGCAAAGAGAGGACGAGCAUUUUCUCUCGGAGUCAUCACGCCGUCUAGUCCCAAAAACUCAAUAGCUGCGACGACAGCCUCGUCUAGCUCGACCGACUCUGCUUCGCCCUUUCCUCCGCUGCAGCACUCGAAAGAUAUACGAAUCUUGCAUCUUGAUCCGUCUCUCGGACCAGACGAUCCGUUAGUCGGCCACUACGAACUCUGUGCGUUGGAAUCUCGCCCGGUUUACGAGGCGCUAUCGUACACAUGGGACCCACCAUUCAAAGGACAGAUCCUCCCAGAUGAUUUCGUUGAGAUUUCCGGCCUACUAUUUCGCGUCAAUGGAAACCUCGGCCAGGCUCUACGACGCCUGAGACACACAGAUCAAGACAGAGCGCUAUGGAUCGACGCCAUCUGCAUCAAUCAGCACAGCGUGCCCGAACGAGGCUCACAGGUUGCUAUGAUGGCCGACAUCUAUCGCAGCUCUGCACGUACGAUUCUGUGGCUCGGCGAGGAUUCCGCUAUUCGUGACGGCCAGUACGUCUUCCACAUGGCAACUGGUCUCGGCCGCCCAUCGUCGUUGAAAGGCAAAGGCAAGAAGCGCGACUCUCCGCUCGGCAAUCUCAUGCCGGAGGUCGAAGACGGUGGCAUCAGUCUAGAAGAGCUGAGCCAGACGUUUCUCGGCCGGAAAGUGUUCCAGCGGCGAUGGAUCAUCCAAGAACUAUGCAAUGCCGGGAAUCUGGAAGUCCUGUGUGGAUCGUACCUGAUGCCUUGGUUCCCAUUCUUCAAGUCCUUGCAAGCUCUGCUGCACCAUCGACCUCUUUACGAAUCUCAGAACUGGCAAUUCAGUGAUCGCCUGACCAUGCUCGAAGAUGUUCGUCAAGCGGGCGGUCUGUCUCGGAACCACACUGCAGUCGACAUGCUGUGCGCGGUUGGAAACCUUGGCUGUCGAGAUCCCCGGGAUCGACUCUUCGCCCUUGCUUCUCUGUGGUCCGAAGGCUUCAUCAUGAUCGACUAUGCACUCGCAGCCGAAGAGGUGUACUACAAUUUCGCAAUGGCCACCGUGGCGGCUUCGGUCAAGGCUCACCGACUCGAAGCUCGUUCCGUCUUGCACGCAAAUCAACUCCUCCUCGUAGCGGCAUACCAGGCAGGCGACCGGAGACGAAUGGGAAUGUACAGUCUCCCCUCAUGGGCUCCACACUGGCAUUUCACCACACCACCCAAGUUCAGCCUCUCGGCCGGCGACAGUCUCGUGCAGCCACUGCACGUCACCCGGAACAGGAUCCUGCGAGCCAACGUCCCCAUCUUCGGCACGAUCGACGCUCUACUGGAAGGGAACUGCUUACGAUUACUCUCUCAUUCGGGCGCGAGGCACGCCAAUCUGAACGAGAGCAUCACCUAUCGCGAACACUUUGAACGCUACUGUCCCGCCCUGCGCAACGGCGAUCUCCUCUGCGGGCCCGUUCUGGAACACCACAGCCUCGACACCCGUCUCGCCAUCGUUCUGCGAGGCAAUGUACAAGAGCACGUCAUGCGAGUCAGGAUGGUAGGCUUGUUUCCCAUGGAUUUAUUCGGGGAGUCUUUGAGGGAUCACAGUAUGAGCAUGGAAAUGGAGUUUUUGUGA